UUCAAAAUUAUUAAUCACACACACAGACGAGAAAGGAGAUAAAAAUUGAUCGGACACGAGUAUCCGGUGUGUAUUCAUAUCCAACCAUUACCGUCCAAAUCCGAGUUAACAUCAAUUAUCACUGCCGUCGUCAAUUCAACAGUGUCAUUGCUCCCUUUUACACUUUUCCUGUGUAUAAAUUUCUCCCCCUGCAUCAGUCACUUGGCACCCCAAACUUUCUUCAGUGACUUCUUAUUUAGCUUCUAUUCUCCUGUCAUGGAGCUCACAGUCUUUGUGUUAGAGACGUGUUUCAUAAUUCUAUCAUUACUAUGUUAUCCAUUGCCUCUAAAGGGGAAUCCAAAUGCAUCCCCGUUCCCCAGUAACUUCCUGUUCGGAACAGCCUCUUCGUCUUAUCAGUUUGAAGGAGCUUUCUUGAGUGAUGGCAAAGGCCUAAACAAUUGGGACGCAUUUACGCAUAAGCCUGGCAAUAUCUUGGAUGGAAGCAAUGGAGAUAUUGCUGUUGAUCAUUAUCAUCGAUACCAGGAAGAUUUGGAUUUAAUGCAGCGCAUUGGGGUCAACAGCUAUCGUUUCUCCAUUUCAUGGGCAAGAAUCCUACCCAAGGGAAGAUUUGGAAGUGUUAAUAAAGCUGGUAUCAUGCACUACAACAAGCUGAUAAACACCCUUCUCCUUAGAGGAAUUCAACCCUUUGUGUCAUUGACACAUUAUGACAUUCCCCAAGAACUUGAAAACAGAUAUGGGGCUUGGUUAAGUCCCCAAGUGCAGGAAGAUUUCAAGUAUUAUGCAGAUAUAUGCUUCAAAUACUUUGGGGACAGGGUGAAGUACUGGAGUACCUUCAAUGAACCUAAUGUUGCAGUAAUCCGUGGUUACAGAACAGGAGUGUACCCACCUUCUCGUUGCUCAAGCUCAUUUGGGAAUUGUACUGAUGGGGAUUCUGAAAAAGAGCCUCUCAUUGCUGCCCACAACAUCAUCUUGUCACAUGCUGAUGCUGUCGAUAUUUACAGAACCAAAUACCAGAAACAACAAGGGGGUAGCAUUGGGAUUGUUAUGAAUGCCAUCUGGUAUGAACCUAUAAGCGAAUUCUUGGAAAACAAACAAGCAGCUGAGAGAGCUCAAGCUUUCUACAUGAACUGGUUCUUAGAUCCAAUCAUAAUGGGGAAAUAUCCUGAAGUUAUGCAAGAAAUCCUAGGGUCCAAUUUGCCUGCAUUUUCAAAUCAUGAACAGGAGAAACUAAAGAGAACUGGACUUGAUUUUAUUGGUAUCAAUCACUAUACCUCUUUCUACGUAAGGGACUGCAUGUUUUCUGUGUGUGAACAAGGACCAGGAACUGGAAGUUCCAAGACAGAAGGAUUUGCCUUAAGAACUGCAACUAAAAAUGGGGUCUCCAUAGGCAAACCGACUGCACUUGACUGGCUAUAUGUUCAUCCCCAAGGAAUGGAGAAGAUGAUAGCAUACAUAAAAGAUAGGUACAAUAACAUCCCAAUGUUCAUCACAGAAAAUGGGUUCUGUGAGAGUGACAAAUCAGAAAAAGGCCUUACUGAAGAGUCACUCAAUGAUGCGAACAGAGUGGAAUACCUCAGUGGCUAUCUGGAUGCCGUUGCAGAAGCUUUGAGGAAAGGAGCAGAUAUAAGAGGGUACUUUCUGUGGUCCUUGUUGGACAAUUUCGAAUGGACAUUGGGGUAUACAAUUAGGUUCGGGAUUCACCAUGUUGAUUACACCACUCUCAAGAGAACUCCAAGAACAUCAGCACUUUGGUACCAACAAUUCAUUGCCAACCACACUGGUUCAAAGAUUUUAAUGCCAUCAAAGACCACAUUUCAACACCAUUUGAAAAGCUGUCUAAAAAAAUAACGGUAUCAUUGCCGUGAAUUUCGCUGAUUCAAGUUUUGUAAGUUUAUUCUGGCUGCUGAACUCUGUAAAUUAUUUAUUGGAAAUCUAUAGUUCACUUUUAGUGCUAAAAAGAAUUACCCAACAGAAGAUAAGGGAUUAAUCUCUUCUGGUAUUUGUUACCCAA